UUCAUAAACUUGAACCACUUGAGCCAAUCCUGUCACUUCAUAAACUUCUUCAUGAUUUAAUUUCAUUGUUACCAAAUACUUUGGAUUUCUGUUAGGUUCAGGAGAUUCGGUUUAUGAUUUUGUGUUUAUAGAUUUUGGUUCGGUUAAUUUAUUCGGAAGUGUUCUUAGCAACUGAAUUUACGUGAUCGAAGUCUAUCUUAUCGGCUUUACGUCUUACACGUUUGCAGUAGUUCGGAAUCUCUGCCCAAUUCGGCAUGCCAUACACCGUUGAUCACACGGGCUCGCCGUCAGCUUCGGACCAGUUAGACUAAGGACAUGCUGGGAAGAUCAAAUGAUAACACAUAGAAAGAACCCAGAGAGUACAUUCCAGUGAAUUAACUGUUGAAAACGUACCAAGGCUACACACUCCAAACUCUUCCAUUCACAAGCUCAGCAACACACAAUGCACCAUUCCCCCUUAAAGCAAUAAUGCCUUUAAACUUACCCUUUGAUUUCAUAUCCAAAUCCACUCUAAGCCCCAAAAUUCUGGCUGUUCCACUAUCAUCAUUUACUUCUCGCACGGGUAGUAGUGGCAGACAUGACAGAAGAAGAUUGUUGGUGCCGCCGCUGUGCAGCACUAGAAGCUUGGAUGAGAACCUUCAUCAGCGCAGGCUUCCUAAAUUGGGGGACAAUAGCGCUAAUAAAGAAUGUGGCGAUGAUAAUAAGAACCCAAGAUGGCUAUAUUGUGAUGUGAAAGUGGUGUCUUGGAGGGAACGGAGAGUCAAAGCUGAAAUUUCGGUCAAUGCAGACAUUGAUUCUGCCUGGGAUGCUCUCACCGACUACGAACGCCUUGCAGAUUUCGUUCCCAAUCUCGUUAGCAGCAAGAGAAUUCCUUGUCCUUAUCCUGGAAGGAUUUGGUUGGAGCAGAGGGGUGUGCAACAAGCAUUAUAUUGGCACAUUGAAGCCCGUGUUGUGUUGGAUCUCCAAGAAUGUAUCAGCUCAGAAAGUAUGCGUGAACUCCGAUUUUCCAUGGUUGAAGGUGACUUCAAGAAGUUUGAAGGUAAAUGGUCCGUCAAAUCUGGAGGAAGAUCUUCAUUGACUAUGCUGUGUUAUGAAGUCAAUGUGAUUCCAAGGUUUAACUUUCCAGCAAUAUUCUUGGAGAGAAUUAUCAGAUCAGACCUUCCUGUGAAUCUUUAUGCAUUAGCUUCCCAAGCCGAAAACAAUUUUUUUGGCAAUCGAAGUACAAUUUCCAUCAGUGCAAACAUGAGCGCAAACUCUGUUGCUUCCCUUGUUUCAUCAAGCACAGAUGCUGAUGAUUUGGCACCUGAAAAGGAUAAACUCUCCACUGGUGCACUCAAGGGUAACUUAACAAAAGCUAUGUUUGCCCCCUGGGGGGUACCUUCUAUUGGUGAAGUAAACAGUAACUGGGGACUUUUUGGGAAACAAUGCAAAUCUAACAGGACAAGCACGGUGGAUGAGGUUCAUCUCCGCAGAUUUGAUGGAUUAUUGGAAAAUGGUGGUGUCCAUCGCUGUGUUGUUGCUAGCAUAACGGUUAGGGCUCCUGUUCAUGAUGUGUGGAGUGUUUUGACUUCUUAUGAGAGUCUUCCUGAGAUAGUUCCCAAUUUAGCUAUAUGUAGGAUCUUAUCACGAGAAAAUAACAAAGUUCGCAUUCUUCAGGAAGGAUGCAAGGGUCUUCUAUAUAUGGCACUUCAUGCACAUGUUAUCCUAGAGUUAUGUGAAAAGGCUGAAGAAGAGAUUAGCUUUGAGCAAGUUGAGGGGGACUUCGAUUCGUUUAAAGGAAAAUGGUUCCUGGAGCAACUAGGAAGUCAUCAUAUACUAUUGAAAUAUAGCGUGGAGUCCAAAAUGCACAAGAACUCAUUUCUAUCUGAAGCAAUUAUGGAAGAGAUCAUAUACGAAGACCUCCCUGCAAACCUAUGUGCUAUUCGAGAUUACAUUGAAAAAAGAGAGGUGACUAAUGCUGUACUGGCAGAUGGUGAGGCACAAACUCUUCAUGACAACGACUUACCUGCUGACUCCAGUCAGACAGCUGAAAAGAAUCCAAAUCCCAUUGCUUUGAAAUCAAUCAGACGAAGACCCAAAGUUCCUGGAUUGCAGAGAGAUAUGGAAGUUCUAAGAGCGGAGCUUCUGUCUUUUAUUUCAGAGCACGGGCAUGGGGGAUUUAUGCCCAUGAGAAAGGAAUUGCGUAAGCAUGGAAGGGUGGAUAUUGAGAAAGCAGUUACAAGAAUGGGUGGAUUUAGAAGAAUUGCAUUUUUGAUGAAUCUCUCCCUUUCCUACAAACAACGGAAACCAAAAGGUUACUGGGAUAGCCUAGAGAAUCUGCAAGAUGAGGUUAGUCGAUUCCAAAGAAUCUGGGGAAUGGAUCUGACUUAUAUGCCCAGCAGAAAAUCUUUUGAACGAGCAGGCCGCUAUGAUAUUGCUCGUGCAUUGGAAAAAUGGGGGGGCCUUCAUGAAGUUUCACGUCUUUUGUCACUCAAGGUAAGAAAGAAAUCGACAGACAGACAACCACCUGUGCAGAGGUGAAGAAAUUUGUAACGACAUGUAGCAAUAAAUAGUGAAGAAAAUACAUCUAGGUCCUAUAUUCGAAACAAAUUGUUGAAUAUGAACAGUGACUGUUAAAACGAAUUUAUUAUACCCUUUCCCUCUUACAUUCACUUUCCUGGAAUGAGUGGCUGCAUCCCAAUGGAAAAGAGCAGGGAAAGUGAUAGAUGAUCUCUGUCAACAUAACUUGAUGUCAUAGCUCCUACCUUGGGAAAGGCUAUCUCAAGGCAUUGAUGCUGCUGCAGUGCAGGGCUUCAACAGAUGCUGCAGAGCAGCUUGGUGUGGCAUUGGAAACAAGGCUGAAAGCACAUGUAUCAAGGCAUCAUGGACUAGGGAGGCAAAUGAAGAGAUGUAUCAUACUCAGUCGAUCAUUGGACGUCCUUUUGACAACUAGUGUCCCCAAGUUAGGAGUGGAGUAGAUAGAAAUGGGGGCUGUUGAUCUAGAAUCUGGAUAAUAUUACUCCAUUCAUGAGUUAGUCGCCAUAGGUUAUGACUUAAUAUAUAAUUGAAAUAUAUGGCACAUAAUAUACACUACGUUUUUGUGUGUGGAAUAAUCAAGCAUAAAAUAAGGUGCGAUGUUCUAAUUUCAAGUGUUGUGCGAAGAUAGAGUCAUUUUAGAACGGAGAAUAGAAAAAUUGCAACCUAAUAAAGACAGAUUCAUUUCAUUUAUAUUA